UGUCGCAAGGGAAUUUCAUUUGAUUUUGGAAAUUCCAUAUAUUCCUCUUAAUUUUAAGUCUUUUUUUCAACUAAGGCAAUUCGUUUUUUGUCAAGUGAUCAGGUUUGAAGCGAUUUCUGAUCUCAAAAGUGUUACCCUGCGUAUCGAACUGGUGCAGGAAUGACGAAAGUGAAACAUGUCGCAAAGUUUUGUGAAGUAAACCUCCUUUUCCCAUCUUACUCCUGAGAAUGUGAAGUGCAACAUUACCAAUCGUUACCUACACCAAAAUGUCUUCAAAAUUCACGAGGAGUAUCACCAAAGUUGCAGUGGCUCAGGCUUGCCAGACAAUUGGGUGGCACGCAAUCCAGACGACCCCUCUGGAAGUCCUAACCGAUGUAUUUCAGAAGUAUUUCCACGAGCUCAUUGACAACAUCAGGAGACACACUGAAUUCUUCGGCCGGACUGAACCUAUUUUGGAGGACAUUACGUUAGCAUUCAAUGCAUGUGGAAUCUCCAUUGAAGAAUUGGAGGAAUACGUCUCACAAGUCGCUCCUGUGCCAUGCACUCACCCUGUGCCAAAAUACCCCAUCGACAAAGAGUCCCACCUGAAUCUGCUGAAACCGGGCAGCCGAGAAGUCGUGACACGCCCUGUGCAUAUUCAUGAACACCUGCCAGCCAUGCAUCCUCAGUUAGAAGAGGAAGAUUAUUCAAAAAUAACUCCGAUUUCAGUAGAUACAAAUGUGGCUGCCGGAAAUUCACCUGAGUCUAGUCCUAAAAGUAUGUUCAAGAAACCUGUGGAUCCUCCCUCCGAAUCUGCACCUCAUAAAAGAAUUAGGAUGCUCGCUGAAGAAGAAGGGCGGCCGUUGCGGGAAAUCAGCAGCGUGAUGAUGACCACUUCUGGGUUCCUAUCACCCGCUAGAGAGGGCAAGCUCCCUGAGGCCAAAGCUUUACCAAAACUAAGUAGUUUGUUAAAUGAGUCUGAAUCUCCGUCAUACCCAACAGUCCCUCCUGAGGUCAAAGGGGACAAGAAACACAAGAAGAGCUCUGCAAAACAAGGCUCCUCAGGGUCUAAAAAGCCUUUCGAUAAAGACAAAGCCAAGGAAAAUGGAAUGGACUCAAAAGAGAAGAACGAUCUGUUCAGUGUAAAUAAUGACUCCAGCGAUACCAAAGUCAAGAAACUAGCCGGAAUGAAAGAAACAGGGAAACUGAAAGCAUUCAAAACGGGGGCUUUCAAGCUGUCCCAAAAUAACACCAACGAUCCGAACGCAGUCAAGUUCAAGGAUCCUCUCCUGUCUCAGAGUCUGCAAGUUCUGUUACCCAAACUCCCGAAGCUCUCAAAAUCAAAAUCGCCGGUCCCAUCCGCUCCGAAGCCCGAAACCUCAUCGGAGAAAUCAAAGGCGGGUGACAAAAGUAAAUCCGUUUUCGAAGGCAAGCUAGCUGCAGAACCUGACCGUCAAAAGCUGAACAUUUUCAAGAAAAUAAGCUCAAAACCAAAAGAGGAGAAACAGGAGGAUGGGAGUUUCGGGAACGAUCGGAAAGUGGAUAUGCCGUCGCCUACUCCCAAAAAUCGGAACUCACCCUUGCCGUCGGCUGAUUCAUAUGAUUCACUUCCGUUGCCGAAAACCCCCGACAUUCCAACUAAAUUAGUGAAAACUAAGAAUGCCAACCGCAAGAGAGGAAGACCUAAAGGCCCCGACGAAGCCUCUCCGCCGAAGCCACCUCGUAAGAAAGCCAAAGUGAAAACGAAAACGUCCAACAUCCCCACUGAUGAUUUCAACCCAGCGUUUCCAUUUGGCACUAAUUUACCAAGAGUUGGUUUGUUUCCUCAUCCUCUGCUGAACUUCCCUCUCCCUGGGAGCAAAAAUUUCCCUCCGACAGAUAUACCUGGGCUCCCGAAAGUAUUAAAUCCAUUGCACGGUGUUGCUGUUCCUUCCGCCUCCAGUAGAGACGAACUGAAUGUUCUGAAACCGAAAGACAAACAGAGUCCUGAAAGUAGCAAGGCCUCGAUGAGUCAACCUAAAACCAUCCCCUCGGUUGCAGAGGAUAAACCGGCCACCCCUGCAGACAAAGUCAAGGAAAGUAAGACGCUUUCGCCAAGCUCGGGGACGAGCAUCGAAACAUCUGUAGACGGAGAAGGGAAAGAUAAGAAGAAAGAUCACAAAAAGGACAAAAAACACAAGAAAAGAAAGCACAAAGAGAAACUAAAGCUCAGAGAAAAACUGAAGGAAAAAGCUAAAAUUCUCAAGAAAGAGAAAGAAAAACGGAAAGAAAAGAAGGAUAAACCUGAGGCUGCAGACGAUUCAGCAGUUCCUAAACUCACGUUGAAAUUAGAAACAGAUGCUCCUGCUACAGACAUCAAGCCCCCUACUCCAACACCGAUCCCUGAAACAUCCAUGAAAAAGAUUGUGAUCAAACCUGUGAUGAAGAAAGAAUCGGAAAGCGUGGCGAUGAAACUGGAGAAAGGUGAUGAAACGGUUACACCGCCCAAAAAGUCUAAAGUCAAGUCUCAGAGUAAGAAACCCAGUGACGUUAAUUCACGAAAGUCUUCAGUCGCUCUGUCUGAUGUUAGCACCUCGGACGCCUCCGUUCCCAAAGUUUCCGUCAAAUUCAAACAAACUCCCAAUCCUCAAGUACCUGUCGCCAGUGUGUCCUCUGUUGAAACCCCUCCUGCAGCGUCUGCUGCACAGUACCCAUUCAACUCCUCCCUUCCGAAUCCACAGAAAUUCGUAGAGCUUGCUGAGCAGAUUAAAAAUGGGAAAGAAGUUAAGCCUUUCUAUUUUGAUCCGUCCGGCGCUCAAAUUUGGAUUUGUCCAGCUUGCGGACGUCAGGAUGAUGGUACUCCCAUGAUUGGCUGUGAUGGCUGUGACGCCUGGUAUCAUUGGUCUUGUCUUGGCCUCAAAGUUGCCCCUGACUCCACCAAAUGGUUCUGCCCCGUGUGUUCAAUUUUGAAAUCUCAGAAAGGAGACAAAAAGAAGAAACCAGGUAGGAAGAAAAAAGGUUCCUGAGAAGCGGCAACAAAAGAGGUGACUGCUCUGAAGAAGAAACAAAUCAAGACCUUGAAAGGCCGCAAGAAGAAGCAGAAACUGGACCAAAAAUUACACCUCACUUCAGAAUCAGAGAAUACAACAGUUUAAGGCAACUGGAGGGAAAGUUGCGAUUUAAUAAGAUUCCAACGGACAUCCUAGUAUUGCUUGUAACUUUUUUUUUCUAAGUAGGAUUUUAGGCAUGACUCCAUGACAAAUACUCAAUUAUUGAAUUGCAGAUUUGUCAGUAGGCUGAUUAUUGCAAGUUUACAGCAGCCAUAUAUGACAUCGCAAUGGGAUUAAUUACAUGAUUAAGAUAGGGCUAUGUCAUGUAUUGUCUUGUCUUGCCAACAUAGUUUCAAUAUUCAGGCUGCUGCUUGUGUAUUUGCGUUUAUGCACAAGAAAAAUUCAACAAAUUUUGCAGUAUAAAAUCAUUUACUUCAUGAACUGUAAAGUGUUGAGUAAUAUGGAUAUUUGAUUAAAUCUCAACCAAUCUAAAUCAAGUAUAAUCCAGCAACAAGAUCCUAAAGAGAAUGAAAAAGCAAGUAAUUCUCAGAAAAUUGGCAAUUCAGGAAAUUUUGUUUAUCUCACAUUAAGUUGAAUCACUAUUAAUAGCGUAGCAACUUUUUUUUUUCUGUAAACCUCCUCUACAGACUUAAUUUUUAUUGUACAAAACUUUACUCUAAUAAUUUUGUUUUACACUAUUAAUGAAUAAAAAACAAGAUUCGUUUGAGGUGCAGCAAAGUAUUGAUGAAGAGCUUGCAACAGUUCAAUUUGUGAAUUCACGCAUGAACGUGAAUGAAAUUUGUCAGUCAAAGGAUUUCAGUUCUCUAACAAACAAGUCAUAUGUAUGGGGAGGGGGGCCCAGGCGAAAAAAAUUCCAAACCUUGAGGAAUAUUCGAAAGAGAACCAGAUUUCAUUUUAAUAAUUUACCUCUUGUGUGAAUGGAAGUGCUAAGUGCAGGAAGGGUACUUUUUAGUUCCAGAAUUUCCAGUUUAUAUUUUAGAGCACCUAUUUGUUGAAUUUUCUGAACUUUUUCGUCCAAAGCAUUGUAAAAUCUUAAAGAAUAUAGUAUAAGUUUCAAAGAAGCACAUAAAGAUGUCUUCAUCAUAAUCAUAAGUCAUAAUUAAUGAAAUUCCAGUGGAGAUUCUGAGACAGCGCAGCUGGGAAGUGUCCUUUCUGUACCCAGCGCUUCAAGUGUGGUUGAUAAUUAAAUACUGGCUGUUUACUUUGUGUAAUCAAUAGUUUACAUCAUUUCGAUCGGUAGUUUUCUAAUAUUUUAGCAAUUUUUUCAAAUUUCCUAUUGCAUGUAACAUGUUUCCUACCUUGCCAGUCAUACAAACUUUUUUAGACCAUGUGGGGCUAAAUGCUUGUGGUGAUUGGUCUAUUUUGAAACAGAUCUUCAGCUUGUUGUAAAGAGAUAAGAACCCUUCUUUCAAAUUUACCAUAGAAUUAAUCCUUGAGUCGGUAAUUUGGACUUAAUCACAAGGUUGCAAUAACAUCAAAAUGAUCUUCAAUAAUAGUUGUUUACUUCUUGCCGUUUUUCUGGGUGACUUUUUGGCUUAGCAGGAACACGCACACAAUGGCUCUCCGUUCGGAAAAUGUGUUAACACUCUGGUCAAGAAGUACGAAAAAGUUAUGAGAGUGUGCUUUUUUUGUAGUUCAUAGGUCUUUAAAAUGUACGAUAUUUGUCAAGUUCUAAAUAUCGUGACAUAAUCAUUGAAAUAACGACUUUAUCAAAUUUUUUAAACUUCUAAACUUUCAUAACCUCAUUUUUGAAAAAAGCAGAGAUUCUAGGUUUUGAUGCUCGGCGCCUCAUUCUUUGUGUUUUUAUUUCGCAAUUAUAAUUAAAUUAGUUUGUUUAAUCAUUGAUCUUAAAUGUGUAAAUAAGUGGAUAUUAUAAGAACUAUCCAUUUAUUAAAAGAUAGUUUUUUGAGGGAUAGAAGCCUAGGCCCAAAUAUUUCCCUACCAGAGUUUUUAGAACGUCUAAAGCCAUUAUUUGCCACUAUUUAUUCAAGAUCAAGAAAAUUCGCUCAUUCUUUUACUUGAUUUGCACAAUUUGUAUGUACCUGCUAUCGGUCAUUCUGCAGCGCAGUACUAAAACAUUUUACGCCAACUGAUGUUUUAAUUAUCUUUUCUUGAAAGCCUCAAUUUAUUGUUCAAGCAUAAAUUCAGUCCGUGUUUUAUAAUAUCACAGGUAAGAGUUUAAGAAUCUUUUUAAAAUAAGCAUUAAGGAUUUAUUUCUCAGCAACCCUUUAAAGAUUAAGUUUAAAAUUGUAAGAAACAUCCGUGUUUUUCCUCUCGCAACAGUAAGUGUAAUAUUUCAGAGAAGAAUCCGGUCUAAGAAUCGUACUUUUAUUGAAUAACCAUUGGUCUUUUAAUCGUCAUUCCAGCAUGCCUCUCAAAGUCUGAUAAAAGUUGAUUGUAUUCUGUCUUUCAAAGAACCUAAUCAUUGAUUUUCUCUCAUUGAAGUUGUUUACCUUAAUAUUCAAUCAUUUGAGUAAGAGCUUUCUAUGUUUUCAAUACUUCUAACAGUUAAUUAGUGUUUAUCAUAACAGAGCCAACGUUUUUAGCCCAUCUCAUGAACAGCAUAAUCCUCAUUGAUUCCCACAUUCAGAUGAGUGAUCUUAAAAUGCACUCAUUCUUUUGAUUCCUUUUCGACAAAGUUUAUCUGAUUGCCUAAAUUUCUAACCUAAGAUUUUUCUCGAUAUUGGAGUCCGUCUUUUAAGAUCUAAUUGUGUGUCAAAUGUGCAGACAAAGUAUGUUUUAAAAUUUUUAUGCAAUUAGUGAGCGAUAAAUGAGAUCAACAUAUUUUGGGUCUUUUAAAAUUUUAGGUAAUUUUUUACCCAAAAUUUUAAAGUUGCAAAACGUCCAUUUUCAAAUCCAGUACUGAACGAAUUCGAACCAUCAAAAAUUCCUUUGCUAUGCCUUUAUACUGACUUUUCAUUCCUGUUGCUUUAUCAAAUAUGACAGCUGCAUUGUAUACACAUAUUUCUUUAAUUGAAAUUAAAAGGUUUUGUCUGUAAAACAUUUAUGCAACAUUUUUAAUAGAGAAUUACUUUCGACAGUGUCGAAUAUUGAGCUAAAGUAUCUGUAUGUAGUCUUGAGUAGAGUGGUUGCCUGCCUGUUGAUAUUCUACACUAUCUUGAUUCUUGUAUUUGUUCAUCCUCUCACAAUGUUGCUUAUCGUUGAAAAUGAAAAAGGAAAUUAAUAAUAAUCAUAGGUGAACCUUUUCUUUGUCUUUUGUAAUUACUUUUAUUCAUGUAUGUAUGUAAGGAAAUAAACAAGUUCAUUUUUUUGUACUCUUUUGAGAACUUAAUGAGUGGGUGAAUUUAACUAAUCCAAUUGUUCAGGUAAAUGUGUAAAGUAUAAAUAAGAGCAUUGAAUAUCUAGACUGAUACAACAUGUUUGUACAAAUUGUAAUCGUUGUUACGAAUAUACGUUUAUAUUUUUGUUGAUAA